AUGUUUUAUUGAAGAUUUUAUGAGUAUUAUACCAAACGAUCAAAGAGUGAGUCAGUACGCUGAUUAUUUAACUGAUACGUAUAUUUCGGAAAAUUCUAUAUUUCCACCAGUUAUUUGGGCAGAAUCGUCUUCUUCGUUAUCAAGAACCACUAAUGCAUGCGAGUCUUUCCACUCUCAUUUCAAAGAAAACUUUUAUAAAGAAAAGCCUAAUAUAUUUAUGUGGCUUAAUAUCAUAAAGCAAACUCAAACAAAUAUUUAUUGUAAAAUGAGAAGUAUACAUGUUCCAAAAAAAUCAAAGGAUUACCGAGCAAACAAGCGUCGUGGAGCAAUCGACGAUGCAAUUAUCAAAUUACAAAACGGAGAAAUGUCUAGGUAUUCAUUUGUUGCUGAGAUGUCUUAUAAUUAUAAAAAAAUGUAAUAUUAUUUACUGCAGUGAUUUUACUAUAUUUUAUAUCUUUUAUUUUACAUAUUAUAUUAUUAACUAAUUUAUUAUUUUAUUAAUAGAUUCAUGCAUUUUUAUCAACAUGCAUACUUUUUUAUUAUAUUCAUUAUCUUUUUACUAUAUUUUAUAUUUUACAUAUUGUCUGGUUGCGUUAUCACCAAUCCCUUUUUAUUAACUAAUUUUUUAUUAUUAUUUUAUUUAUUAAUUGAUGCAUUUUUAUU